AGAUUGUCAACCUUUUCCAACUGGCCAUCAAAUCGAGUCCACCCUGUAUCACUUGCUGAAGCUGGAUUUAUCUACUUAGGAACCGGUGAUACAGUUCAGUGUGUAUAUUGUCAAGGCAAACUUUCCCAAUGGGAAAAUGGCGAUGAUCCAAUUCGAGAACAUUUUCGACACUUCUCUACUUGCUUUUAUAUUCUUGAAAUGAAGAUGAACAAUAGCGCUCUUUUAACUGGAACAUCUAAUGCUGUAGAAGUUACAGAUUCUUGUACUGAUCGACCACAUGUAAACACAAAUUCGUCAUCUGAUGCUCAUGCUUCCAACAAUCCAACUACAAAUAAUAAAUAUAUAACAAUGAGUUCCAGAUUUGAAACUUUAAAGAAUUGGGCACACCUAACACUGACAGCAAAUCAGCUGAGUUUAGCUGGGUUUUAUUGGGAUGAGGAGAAAAAGUCGUGUAAAUGUUUCCGUUGCAAUGUUAUAAUCACAAACUGGCAAGUAGAUGAUGACCCAUUCAAAGUACACGCUUUAAAGUCACCUGAAUGUUCAUAUAUUUCACAAGUUAAAGGAAAACAGUUUGUCGCUGAUACUGUUAAGACAUUUGUAAAUGCUCUGAAAGAUGAGAAUGAGAAGUUAAGAGAUGAGAAAAUGUGCAUUAUCUGCACGAUCGAACCCAAAACUAUUCUUAUAUUACCCUGUGCUCAUUUAGUAUGUUGUUCAAAAUGUGCUAGCUCUUUACAAAGUUGUCCAGUCUGUCGAACAAAAAUCAUGGGGACAGUGAAAACUUUUCUA